AUGGAGGUUACUGCACCAGAAGCGAUCGGGAACUUUUCUUCGCCGUCCAAAGAUCUAAUCAUUGUCGAGGCGGACUAUUUGAUGCGCAGUGCGAGCUUGUGUGGUGAAAAUACUUUUUUUGGCGGGAGACGUCAACGCGACGAUGGAGAUUCAACUGAUUUCGUCAACGUCGAAGGAUAUGAAAGACUUUCUGCCACGGCGGAAUAUAACCCGACGCAACUGGAUAUUCCUGCCCUGCAAGAUUAA